GAGCAUUCUUCCCACACAUGUGCCUCUGUCACUCAUGCACAAGCAGCCACACAACCAUACGCCCCUCACCCAGCUGUGUGUUUCCACUGUGUCCUCUGUGUUCACCGGCACCAGUCUGGCACACACUGCUCUCUCGCUGUGAGCACGGCCCUCCUCACCCCUUCUCUCUGCAGCCUGGACCAAAGACCUGAGAUCGUUUCCUGCAUUUUCUGCAGCUCCCUCUUGUUUUCAGUGGAUUUUUUGCUUUUUUUUUAGUUGUUUUGUUUUUUGGUGGAAGAACCAGGGUUGAAGACGCUCCUCCAGAAUAGAUUUUUUCUUUUGCUUCUAAGAGUUGUGUAAAUCUUCCAAGAUGGCACUGUUGAAGAGUUGGGUAUUGGGACUCCUGCUGGUGCUCCUGUGCUCAUCCCAGCUUCCACUCUCUGGGGUAGUUAGUGCCCAGAACGUGGCCGAAGCAGAGGCCGACCUCUUUGCCAGAAACGAUGAGGUUGUGGCAGAGGAGGGCGAAACCAUCGAGGGCGAUGGUGGUGCUACUGAGGAAGAGGAAGAGGUAGAAAGAGAGGAAGGUGAAGAAGAAUCAGACGAUGAGGAAGAGGAGGCAGCUGAGGGAGAAGAAGAUGAAGAGGCUGCAGAAGAGGAGGAUGAUACCGAAGAAGAAGAGGAUGAUGAGGUGGCAGCCGAGGAAGAGGAGGAUGAUGCGGAGGAGGAGGAAGAGGCUGCAGAUGAGGAAGAGGAGGAGGAGGCUGCUGAAGAGGAGGAGGGAGAUGAUGAGGAGGAGGCUGCAGAUGAGGUAGAUGAUGAUGAAGAAGAGGAUCACGAUGACGAUGAGCAGGAGGAAGAGGCAGCAGCUGAGGAGGAUGAUGAUGAGGAGGAUGAAGAUGAGGAGGCAGCAGAUGAGCAUGAUACAGCAGAAGAAGAGGAUGCUGAGGAAGACGAGGCAACCGAAGGAGAGGAGGUAGCUGCGGAAGAGGACGGUGAUGAUGAUGAGCAUGAGGACAUCGCAGCAGAGACCCAGGGUGAGGAGGACGCCGUCUCUCACUUGCUGCAUUUCCGCUCUGGCUCCUUGUGCAGCGUGUGCUCCAUCUGCCAGCACUGCUCCAGUAGCUGUGACAAGUGCCCAUGUGAGGAGGGAGACGAAUCAGAUCACUGCAAGCACUGUCAGGGAUGCUCGUCCUGCUACCUCUGCCCCAUGCUGUGCGACACCAUUUGCUCUCCAGGUGGCCUUGUGGACGAGCUGACUGGGUCCCUAUUUCAGUGA